AUCACGAAACCUCUGUCGGCAAGCAAGUCAGUUUGGAAAGCACGAAAUAAUAAGUUUUUAUUCUUGGACAGAAAUGAAACGCCUGGGGAUUACCUAUAUGUUCGGGGUGUUACUUGUAACACAGAGUAUCGCCAUUGUAAGGAUUCCACUUCAGAAAACCAGAAGCCUUCGUCGCAUCAUUAGCGACAAUGGGAUGUCUUUGGAUCAAAUUCGGGCUUUGGUGAAGUCCAGUAGCUCUCCAGACAGCGCUCCAUCGGAACAUCUCCCCGUGGAGAGGUUGACUAACUUCAUGGAUGCGCAGUAUUUUGGGUCUAUCAGUAUUGGUUCACCACCUCAAGACUUUACUGUGUUGUUCGACACUGGCUCCUCCAAUCUCUGGGUGCCAUCCAUUCACUGCUCAUUCUUCGAUGUUGCCUGCUGGCUUCAUCAUCGUUACAAUUCAAAGAAGUCGAGCACAUAUGUUCAGAAUGGUACGGACUUUUCCAUCCGUUACGGCAGAGGCAGCCUGUCUGGGUUCAUCAGUGGAGACACAGUCACUAUAGCAGGUUUGUCCGUGCCUGGACAGCAGUUCGGUGAAGCAGUAAAGCAGCCUGGCAUCACAUUUGCCUUGGCCCGCUUUGAUGGCGUCUUGGGCAUGGCCUACCCCUCCAUAUCAGUGGCCAAAGUCACUCCGGUGUUUGACACCGCCAUGGCGGACAAACUGCUGCCGCAAAACGUCUUCUCUUUCUACAUAAGCAGAGACCCAGAAGCAGCAAUUGGAGGAGAGCUGAUGCUCGGUGGAUCUGAUCCACAGUACUACACUGGGGACUUGCACUAUGUCAACGUCACACGCAAGGCAUACUGGCAGAUUAAGAUGAAUGAAGUUGAUGUGGGCAACCAGCUGACUCUUUGCAAAGCCGGCUGUCAGGCUAUUGUCGACACAGGGACAUCACUGAUUGUUGGUCCAGUGGAGGAAAUCCGAGCACUGCAGAAAGCUAUCGGCGCACUACCCCUGCUGAUGGGAGAGUACCUAAUUGACUGUAAGAAGAUUGACUCCCUACCUAUAAUCUCCUUCAACCUUGGAGGGAAGAUGUUUAAUUUGACUGGGCAAGAUUAUGUCAUGAAGGAGUCACAGAUGGGCACUUCCAUAUGCCUCUCAGGCUUCAUGGCUAUGGACAUUCCGCCCCCUGCUGGACCACUUUGGAUCCUGGGAGACGUUUUCAUCAGGAAGUACUACACUGUCUUUGACAGGAGCGCUGAUCGUGUGGGGUUUGCACUUGCUAAGUAGUACCACAAAGAUUAAAUAAGUAACUGAUAUUGAUUGCGCGUAAUUUCUUAAGAUCACUUUGUCACUUUUGUACUGUUUUAACUUGUGGAUGAAGAGUUCAGAGGUCACUUCCAGUUGAAGUUCUGUGAAACCCAAAUAAUUAGAAUCACGCAAAAGGAGAAGUACUGCAUUACGGAAGUGACCAGUUUCCCGUUUAUUGUUGUUCUUGUUUCAGAAUGAGCGACUGCAUGCUAUAUUUGAAUGCAACUCUACUAAAAUACGGUGGGUGGGGGGGGGGGGGGGGGGUAUGAAUGUAAUAUCAAAAUUGGUGUAAAGAAAACCAACAAAUUCAAUAUUAAUUGAUGAACCCUUUCAGUGCCAUUAACUAUAAGACCAAUCAUGUUAUCGAAAAUGGUAUCAAGUAUUUUUUAGUAUGAGUAUUUUUUUGUCAUGGGGUAAAUUUGAUUUUGUACUACUCUUGAAAGUAUUUUCCUAGGCUGACAUUGACGGUGCGAGACGUCCAAUCCAUUUGAAGUGCAUUUAUUGCUGCCACCCUCACAUAGUCCAAUUGGUUUAGUAUUAUUUAGUAUAUUUGGUAUUGAUAAACUCCAGACUUUUUAGUUUUUAAGACCCAUAAUCAUCGUCAAUGGCUCUGCAAGAGUUGAUUCCAAAAAAAAAAAAAAAAAAAAAAACUUAAUUGCAGUAUCGAAUAUAUUGAGUAUUGAUAUGGAGUUAGAGAUUUUAGUAACGUGACAGCAGUACAUUUACAAUGAAAUAUAUAAGUUAUUCAUUCAAGUAUACUGACUGAUUUACUAAAUACAGUUAAUAGAGAAUAAGUAUCAUUUCCAACUAAAUACACUUUUCAUUGAAAGGAAGACGUCAAAAUGACAAAUAAAGCAUUUUAAAAAGCCGUUUAUGUCAUUUAUUUUUAUGUCCAUAGUAAUGCAGUGCUCAAGAUGGAGCUGUACUAUGUACUAAAAAUCCAAAUAAAGCUGGGGAUAAAGCACAGCAUGCAACAUAGCAUACGGCUAGUGUGAAUCAUACAAGCUAGAGGUAGAAAAUCUACUGUACUUUGGGUUAUGAUUUGAAUGAACAGAAUAUGGCACAGUGCUCGCCCUCAAAGUACCCCCCCAACAUACCUAGGUUUACAUAGGAAGACAUCCACAGAAACUCUGUAAAUCCGACACAAAGCACUUAAUGAUAAACAAGUAUCGAGUCAUUUCUAGUAAUCAUUUGGUUACAAAUGUACAAUACAAAAAUAUUUUUUCUUUCCCCAUUACAAUAGAUUCUGAAUAGCAUAAUGGAACUAAAUGCCCCCAUUCACGUGCUCUACACAUAAUUUUUCCUAAGGCUACAUGUGACAGCAAAAUUAAUAUCAUGCUCUUGGGAAAAGUUUCUGAACAGAAUACUUGAACCACGACUGCUUAUUUGUCAGGUGACAGUUGUUACUCAGACCCCGUGACCUGGGAUAAACUUGCACUGUAAGUUAAUUAGGGUUCAACUUUGGACAUGUGCAACACGGAUGAGCAAUGCACAACCCGUUGACAAUAGUUUAGUGCUGAUCGCGACACGUUUCGGCUGCAGGAUGGCAGCUGAUAGGGCUGAAUGAUUUCAGGGGAAAAAAAUAUUUUUCUGGACAAUUUCAAAAGCAAACAUCACAUGUAAUUACAUCUUACCAUCAAAUUUGCUUGAGUAAUAAUGUUGAGAUAAUUGUGUUAUGGAAUCCUUUUAACUUAAUGACUGCCAUUGAUGGAGAGAGACUGUCAAAUUAGAUUGGACGUCUAUCGCCGUCAUUGGCAGAAAAACAUGAUCGCUUGAUGCCAUCCAUCCCAGUUGACAUGGAUUUGAUGUCUGUCAAUGGCAGUGAAUGAAUUAAGUUCACUGCUGUCACACGUAAUUUUUAUGUUGUAUAUUAAUUUGUAUCAUCAAACAGCAAAUGAUGGCUGACAGAUAUGGCAUAAAUU